AUGUUACCGAAAGUGCACAGGUGCUCGUUCUCUAUCGUGAGCACGCUGAGCUUUGCUUGUAGACGGCGCACGAGCAGCAGCAGCAGCACAAGGCAGACUCCAAAGAGGGCGUCGAUCAAUCGCCGCCCCAGCGCUAGCUUAUGCAUUUCUGAUCCUCAAUUUAACGAGCGAAAAGAUGGUCUCAACUUGCCGCGAGAGACAGAGGGUCAUCUGCACGCAGUCGGAGAACGCGUGGAGGCUGCGCACUGCCGGCUUACCUGCAAGCGUGCGGCUCUUGCUCGGAGCACGCCCACCAGCCUCGAGUAUCGCAUACCCGCGCCGAGUGCAGGGUCCGUUCGUAGAAAUGUUGCAGCUGAACCGCACGAGCACUACAUGCGUAUGGCUCUUGCGCUCGCCGAGGAGGCAUACACGAACAAUGAGGUGCCAGUUGGUGCUCUUUUGGUUGUGCGAAAUGGACCAGAAACUGACGCACCGGACGUGAUUCUGGCACGCGGUCGGAAUCGUAUUGAGGAGUGCUGUGAUGCCACAGCACACGCUGAGAUCGAAUGUUUACGGGCGGCAUCGGCACGGCUCCGAUCAUGGCGACUGAACCGCGCUGGCAGUCGAGAUCAUCCCGUUCCGUAUCAUGUGACGCUCUACUGUACUCUAGAGCCGUGCGCUAUGUGUCUCAGCGCCAUGCAAUUGGCGCGAGUAACGCGACUGGUCUAUGGAGCACCAGGUCUGCGGUUAGGUGCUAUUGAAUCGUAUGUUCCACUAUUGACGGUAGCACCACCGCAUCCGUUCCAUCGUUUCUCGGAGAUCAUUCCCGGGGUGUUGGCGAACGAAUCCGCAUCAUUACUUCGGCGAUUCUUUCGCGAGCGACGAAAGUGCACAGAAUCAAUAGAGCCCACAGCACUGCGAGCGGUUCGUGAGGAGCGUAGCCCAGGAGUCGGCGCGUUGGCGGACGACUCUUGGGGUGUGCUGCCAUCGCUCCCCUAG